UUGAAGACAUGGUAGGAACUGCCAAUUCUUGGUAAGGUUAAGAAACAGCUCUAGGGAGGAAAGGAGGAGGAAACCCAGAAUCUCCUGUUGAAAAAUGGGCAGAAUUACAGCAAAUCUACAGGGAGGCAGAGUGUCCAUAUAUGGGAUUUGGUUUUAUGAUAAGGAAGAAUGCCAAAGAAUUGCAGAGCUCAUGAAAAACCUAACUCAGCAGGAACAAUUCAAAGCACAGCAGGGCACAGGAUCAGGAGUGUCCCCCAUGAUCAUGAAUUCUGCUAAUAACAAAGAAGUGGAUAUCUUAAGGAUGCUUACCAAGGCCAAAGAUGAGUAUACCAAGUGUAAGACCUGCUCAGAGCCAAAACAAAUAACCAGUUCCUCUGCAAUCUAUAGCAACCCCAACCUAAUCAAACCCAUUCCAGUGAAGCCGAGUGAGACUCAGCAUCAGCGAAUCUCCCAGCAGAGCAAGGGUGUGGAUCCUGAGCCCCAGCACCUGUCUUUGACAGCGCUGUUUGGCAAACAGGACAAGGCAGAUGGCUGCGAGCCGCUGAAUAAGCAGCACCAGGAGAGCCUGCCUGCCAGGCAGGGUGUGGUUCGCUCGCUGUCCUACGAGGAGCCCAGCAGACACUCCCCCUGCGCAGAGAAGCAGCUGUGCCCCGCCAUCCAGAAGCUCAUGGUGCGUGGCACAGAGCUCCAUCCCCUGGCUGAGUUCCCCGAGAGCCGCCUCUGUGAGAAUGGCAGUGUCCCCCCCGCGGGGGACACUUUCACAGGGCUCUUCCAGCCUGUGACUUCCCACGGCGUGGCAGCUGGGGCUCAGGACGCUGCUGGCGCGCAGAGCUUACUGCACAAGUUGCAAAGUCAGUCAGGGUCGGUGGCUAAAGUGGACCCCAGUGCCACGGGAGCUGUGAACUCAACAGUUUCCGUGUUCAGCAGGACUCCUGCUCCUGUUGGAGCAUCAGCAGCGCCAGUAAAUAACAUGAGCCAGCCCCCUCUGGUGUAUUUCAAUGGGUCCCUACCAGGCCAGACUUUAGAUGGUAAAGAACAAUCCAAACUUCCCAGACAGCCGCUUCCUCUCUCUGGCAAUCAAACAGCCAAUUCUGGGGUGAUUUCACCUCAAGAAUUACUGAAAAAACUCCAGAUCGUGCAACAGGAGCAGCAGCUCCACGUAUCCAGCAGACCAACGUUGGCAGCCAAGUUCCCAGUUGUUACCCAGAACACCAAUACCCUGAAACCACUGGAUUCCUGGAUAGAAAAGGCUCCAGGCACAGAAAAACAGAGCACUCUCUUCCAGGUCAUCUCCCCUCAGCGCAUCCCUGCCACUGUGACCCCCACGCUGCUGAUGUCCCCCAUGGUGUUCACCCAGCCCACGCCCGCUCCGCCCAAGGCCGCUGAGAGCGGGCGCUUGGCAGCCGCAAACCCCGAGCCCGCCGCCGGCUCGGCCAGCCUGCUCCUGCCCCUGCCUGCCCCGGAGCCAGCCGUGGCCAGCAGCACCUCCAUCAGCAAGCUGCAGCUGCAGGAAACGCUGCUGCACCUCAUCCAGAAUGAUGACAACUUCCUAAACAUUAUUUAUGAAGCAUAUCUCUUCAGUGUGAGGAAGGCGGCGAUGAAAAAGUCUGUGUGAAGGAUUCUCUUUUAAAUCAAUUUCCUGAACUCCAGGAAGAAGAUUUUGAAAUUUUCAAGUAUGAUUAUGUUUGAAGAAAUGAAUGGUCUUAGGCAUGUUGCAUACAUAGAUUUUCCUUGUUGGCAAAUACAUGCUGUACUGAGAAAAAAAAAGUGAGCAGAAAUGGAUUGUGCCUUUAGCGAGGGGAGCGUCACGACGCUGAAGAAUUAAUCACAAAAUAUCUUAAAUUAUUUUCCUUACCCUGGUCCAUACUUAGGGUUGGUUUCCCAGCAUAAGGACUCAGUUCUCAGGAUCCAGUUUCCUUUUUUACUUGCAGCCUGGUUACUCAUUGCCGAGGUAUUUGUCCCUGGUUUUCCCUGAGCCGUCCUGCGCAGGGACCACAUGGUGGCAAUGUUGGACUGUUCUUAGGAACGUGAAAAUGGGCUGAAAUUUUGGCACGGGAGGCUUUGGAACGAGACUCAUCGUCAUUUACUUGUCUUGAAGCAGUUUAGAAGUGGUGUCAUGACUUCCCCCAAAAUUUUUGUAGGAAAAUCUUUUUCUAUUUUGACAAGAGUAUUUUUAGCUAGAUGUAGAAAUGGGAUUCUGCAGGUGUUCGAGGAACUGGGGGGGGGUGGGGGGUUUGUGAAUGUACUUGUUGUCACAGAGCUCUGGGGUGACACUGGAUUCAUGUUUCUAUUAUUCCAGGUCAAAUCUACAUAAUUAUAAGCAAUGUGAAAAUUUGUUAAGGGGAAUGCUACCUGGUGUAAUUUUUUUUUUUUAAAGCGUGUUCCUGGAGCACAGUGAUUUCAUUGAUCCAUUUCUAAAAAAAAAUAAAAAUGGAUAAUUCCUACGAUAUGCUGAUUUCAUUUUAUUGUACCAUUGGCCA